AUGAGUGUUGCAGCUGCAGGAUGUGCUUUAGGUGUACAGCAACAGCAUCAAAUGCAUUCGUCAAUGGCAUUAGCAGAAGACUCUUUUCCAUUAGCUGCACCUGUUGCUAAACAACCAAAGAUUAAUGGAUUAAAAAUCUUUAGUGGAAAUGCCAAUUAUGAACUUGCAGCUAAUGUGGCAAAACUUGUGGGUGUUCAAUUGGGUAAGAUAACUGUUGAACGGUUUGCAGAUGGAGAAGUGAAUCUCAUGGUACAUGAAAACGUACGUGGUAAAGAUGUUUACAUUGUACAACCAACGUGUGUACCUGUGAAUGAAAAUUUAAUGGAGCUGUUACUUAUGGUUAGUACUAUGCGGCGCUCAUCGGCGCGUCGUAUUACCGCCGUUAUCCCGUAUUAUGGCUAUGCACGUCAGGACCGAAAGAUGGCGGCUCGUGUACCGAUUUCAGCCGCUGAUGUCGCACGGGCUUUUUUUGGACCACAUGUACCUGUGGACAAUCUGGAUGGUGGACUCGUUGGUGUCUCUUAUUUUGGCAGCCAUGAGCUCGUGAAUCCUGUUGUUGUAUCGCCUGAUGCUGGUGGUGUUGCGCGUGCAAAAAAGUUUCGUGAGUGGCUCGUAGGAAAAUACGGCCUUCCUAACACGGGACUGGCUAUGAUUAUUAAGCAGCGUAUCAAGGCUGGCGAGAUUGACCGCAUGGAUCUAGUGGGCCAAGUUAAAGGCUCGGACUGCAUUAUCGUGGAUGACAUGAUUGAUACAGCUGGUACGCUGUGUAAGGCUGCCCAGCACUUGGCUGACCACGGGGCCCGCAACGUUUACGCAUUUGCAUCGCACGGUCUGUUUAACGGCGCUGCCAGCGAGCGCAUUAAGCAGUCAGCACUGAAGGAAGUCGUGGUCGUCAACACUACGCCGUUGCCUAAGAGCUGUGAGGGCAACGAAAAGAUUGUGCAACUGGAUAUUGCUCCACUCUUGGCACAAGCUAUCCAGAAUAUCCACGGCAAGAAGUCAGUAUCGCAGCUCUUCCACUAG